CUGAAUCUGAGCAGAUUGUUCCUCCCCAACAGUCAGAUCCUCCAGACACAUCGCACUACAAUCCUCAUCCGCCGUUUCCAGUUCUCAUUCCAGGACGAAUGGGUGAAGCUGGUGAACCUGGAAACCCAGGCAGAUCAGGAGAUAGAGGUCCCCCAGGACACCCAGGGUUGCCAGGAAAUCCAGGUGAUCCUGGCCCUCCAGGACCACCAGGAGAAGUGUCAUCUUGGUUUGAUCAACUUGCACUACACCAGAGUUUCAGUGGAGAUAAAGGACCUCAUCCUGAAGCUUUCAGUUAUCUACAAGCACAUGUGGGACCUGUUGGACCUCGUGGAUCCACUGGACCACCUGGACCUCCAGGACCUCAAGGAUUUCAGGGGAUACGUGGAGAGCCUGGAGUACCAGGAGCUCCGGGGCCACGUGGUCAGCCAGGAGAGAGAGGAUUGCCUGGUCUACCUGGAAAGGAUGGAAAAACAGGUGCUAAUGGAAUGACGGGCCCUCCAGGUCCACCAGGGCCACAUGGUGUACGAGGAACACCAGGAUUGCCUGGACUAGCCGGUAUUAAAGGGCAUCAGGGAUAUCCAGGUGCAGAUGGAGCUAAAGGUGAACGGGGCCAAGUAGGAAAGAAGGGUGCUAUGGGACUGCAGGGUAAAAUGGGUAUUCCGGGUCCAUUGGGUCCUCCUGGACUUCGAGGAGAGCAUGGAAAAGAAGGACCUUCUGGACCUCCUGGUUUGAGGGGAGUAGAUGGUUUACCAGGUCCUCCUGGGUCUCCUGGACCAACUGGCAAUCCAGGUCCACCAGGUAUUCCAGGGUCACCAGGUUCAAAGGGAGAUACAGGUCAUCCAGGACCCAAAGGCAUGCAUGGUUUACAGGGCCCAAGAGGAGAGCCAGGUAGACCAGGUAUUGCAGGGGAAGAUGGACUAGUGGGUCCACCAGGAAAAGAUGGACAAUCUGGAGAAAUAGGAUUACCAGGUGACAGAGGUCCUGCUGGAAUACAAGGGUUUCCUGGGGCUAGAGGUCCUCCUGGACUCACUGGUAGUCCAGGACCUGUUGGACCUAAAGGAGCACCAGGAAUUCCAGGAAUAAGAGGUCCUAAAGGGGAUGCUGGUAGAAAAGGAGAGUCGGGAGUACCUGGACCACGAGGUAUAUCAGGAACACCAGGGGACUCAGGAAAAAUGGGAGCAAGAGGAGUACCUGGAUCACCAGGUGAUGUUGGACCACCAGGAGAAAGGGGGUCUUUGGGUCCACGAGGAUUACCUGGUCCAAGUGGUCCUAUGGGAUUAAAAGGAUCUCAAGGAGAUCGUGGUGCUGUUGGACCCCAAGGUACCAAAGGUUCACAGGGAGAUACUGGAAAACCAGGUACAUCUGGUCCUCAAGGACUUCAGGGUCUACGAGGUCGACAAGGUAUCCCAGGAAAAGAUGGCAAUCCAGGAAUUAAGGGAGAACCUGGGAUUAAUGGAAAACCUGGUGAUCAAGGACCACAAGGUCUUCAAGGUGUUUCAGGUAUUGCAGGAAAAAGGGGUCUUCCUGGAGAACCGGGUCUGCCUGGUCUAGAUGGGCUAGUAGGCCUUAAAGGAGAACGAGGUGCAGUUGGUGAUCCUGGAAGACAAGGGUUUACAGGAUCUCCUGGUCAGCCUGGAGCCCCAGGGAAACCUGGUGAGAGGGGUCCACCAGGAUCUCAGGGUGCACGAGGUUUUCAGGGACUACCAGGAAUAACAGGAAACCCAGGGGAAGCUGGUAAGGAUGGUAAACCAGGAAUACCUGGAUCUCCUGGAUUGCAAGGCCCACAGGGUGAUAGGGGUGAAAGAGGAUUUCAUGGUGAGAGAGGACUACCAGGUUUAACUGGAGCCCCAGGCUUGAGAGGUGAAAGAGGACCUACUGGAAUUCGAGGAUCAAGGGGAUUGACUGGGGCUAAAGGAGCUAAGGGUCACUCAGGACCUUCAGGUUUAGUGGGACUACCAGGUAGAACAGGACAAGUAGGACAACCAGGACCAAAAGGAACUAGAGGUGAACAAGGACCUCCUGGUCCUGAAGGUGCCAUAGGACGACCAGGAGAACAAGGUCCUGAAGGUCAAAUUGGACGUCUUGGACCUCCUGGGGAACCUGGGGAAAAAGGUCCAGUUGGAAAAUCUGGACCUGAAGGUAAACGUGGAGCCAUUGGGAUAAAAGGUGAUAGAGGUCUUCAAGGACGUUCUGGACCACAAGGCUUUCCUGGUCCAGUGGGUGUUCCAGGUGCUAGGGGAAGGAAGGGUGAAGUAGGAAGUCCAGGACUGAAGGGUGAGCAUGGAAAUACAGGACUGCCUGGUCCAACUGGAGAAAGAGGUCCUCAGGGAAAUAUUGGUGUUCCUGGACUUAAAGGAUCCAGAGGAGAAGCAGGAAAAAAGGGAGAUAUGGGUCUUCCUGGUAUACCUGGCCAUCAGGGAAACCUUGGACCUGAAGGCAAACCAGGCAUUCCUGGGUCUCCUGGAAUACCAGGCCUAGCAGGCAUUAAGGGAGCACAAGGAGAUGUAGGUAGAACUGGAGCUCCUGGUUCACCAGGUGAACCAGGUCUUCCAGGAUUUCCAGGACUUAAAGGCGAAGUUGGAUCAAGAGGACCACUGGGACCUAUAGGACCUCCAGGUCCCCUGGGUCCUGUAGGAGAAAGAGGACUUCCUGGACUGCCAGGUUUACGAGGAUCUCGAGGUAUUCCAGGUAAAACAGGCCCACAGGGAGAAAGAGGUGAAAAGGGGAUUCCUGGAUCUGAUGGACCUCCUGGACUUCAAGGAUUAAGAGGAAAACCUGGGCUUCCAGGAGUGCCAGGAGAACCUGGUGUGGAAGGUCGAGUAGGAAUAGAAGGACCACCAGGAAUUACAGGCCAACAAGGAAACAGAGGUCCCAGAGGAGAACCUGGUCCAUCUGGUCGCACAGGACCUCAGGGACAGCAGGGACCUCCUGGACCAACAGGACCAAUUGGUCCACAAGGAAAGCAUGGAGAACGAGGUGAGCAGGGUCCACCUGGAGAGGUUGGUCUUCAAGGAGCGCGUGGACCAACUGGACCUCUGGGUAACCCAGGAGUGAAAGGAGAUCGUGGAGCAUUUGGUGAAAAGGGUGAAAAAGGACACAGAGGCCUAAUGGGUUUACAAGGAUUAACUGGACCAGUGGGCCCACAAGGGGAGAGGGGAAUGACAGGGGAAGCAGGCCCUCCUGGUGUGGAAGGACCUCCAGGUCCUCAUGGCCCUCAAGGCACAGAUGGUCAACCAGGACUUCCAGGCUCAUUGGGGCCAUCUGGUCCAAGAGGUUCGUCAGGAGAACCUGGUCGUGAUGGUCCACAAGGUCAACGUGGACUCCCAGGUCCUCCAGGGCCACCCGGUGAUCCCUUUGGUUAUGAUGCAAAUUCUCUUGCUGCUCUUCUUAGUCAAGGACGGUUUAAAGGACCAGAUCCAUUCUUGGGAGAUGAUUCAAACAAACUUUUUUCAGAAGAUACCCGUAGAAGAAAAAAAAAACUGGUGUUUGAAUAUUAUGACAAAAUAGUUAAAGAAUAUAAGAACCAUCGACAACCAACUGGUAAAAAAGAUGCUCCAGCUAAAACAUGCAAAGACUUGGCUGCUGUUAGAGACAAUCUUCCAAGUGGGAACUACUGGAUUGAUCCGAAUGAAGGUGACAUUAAAGACUCCAUUUUAGUCUAUUGUGAUAUGGAAACAAAAGCUACGUGUGUUUAUCCCAAACCUGAAAUGAUUCCUAAAGACAAUUAUUAUGGGAAAAGUUCAGGCUACACUUGGUUUAGUGAAAUGGACAAAGGGUUUACCUUUACCUACAAAAUUGACCGGAGACAGCUUGGAUUUCUACAACUGUACAGUGAGGGAGCUGUGCAAAAUAUUACCUACCACUGUCAAAAAUCUGUUGCCUACAAAUAUGCUAAGCUAAACAGCUUGAAAUUAGCUGUAAAGUUAAUGUCCUACAAUGACCUGGAACUCACUGCCACUGGUAACCCUAUGUUUACAUACAAGGCUCUGAAAGAUGGCUGCCAGUUCAGGACAAAAGAGUGGUCUGAGACUAUAUUAGAGUAUCGUACCAAGAAGCCACAGAGGUUACCCAUUGUAGAUAUUGCUCUUCGUGAUAUUAGGUCAAGAAACCAGCAAUUUGCCCUAAAUCUAGGACCCGUUUGCUUUUUUUAAACAUGUUUUUUAGCUGUUUUGUAUUGGGAAGAAAACAUUUAUAGGCAUUACAUAAUAAAUGCAUGUUUAUAAUAUAUAAUUAUUUCACAAUUUUAUUUUUGAUAAACAUGUGAAUAUCUGGUUACUGACUGUGUCACCACAAAUGACCACUGCCAUUAGUGAUUGUGUAUGUGAUUUUUAUCCAGUAAUAAAAUCAUUUCUAGCUUUUA